AUGGCCGAACCCAAUUCCCAUCAACCGCCUGCCGCGUCGCUGUCCCCUCCCCCGCCAGCUCCAAACCCUCUAACCCCCGGUCCGCGCGCCUCACGGUUGAAUCAAGUCUUCGACCAGGCGCUAGCGCGUACAUUGCGAGCAAACUCAUAUGCAAAUUUUGCGGGCUGUUUCCCCACCCCUGCGCGCCAUGUUCCUGCUAGUUUGGAGGGUGUCUGGCGACAGUUGAACGCGAAACUGGAAGCGAAUGCGAAGGCCGAGUUUGAUGAUAUUAUCGCGGAACGGGAUGCUGUACCGCAUUUGAAUGAGCUUGACCGACUGGUCAACGAUGCGAGGACUAGGAGGGACCAGGAUGAGGAGAAUGCUGAAGGGGAAGAGAAACCAGUCCCACACACACUAGGCGCCGAAGACCUAUACAACGCGCAUCUUACGCCCUAUUUGCAGGAAGCGCAGUCGACCCUUAAUGCCAGACUCGAGGCUACUCAUGCGGAAAACGCGGAGCUUGCGCAGACCGUGCAAGCCCAGAGACUGGAAAUUGAGCAGCUGUUGUCGCAUCUUGGAUUGGUGGUUUCAGAUAUUGAGGGUGCUGCUACGGCGGCCACGCAAUUCAGCAAACAACACCACAUUCGUCAAGAUGCGAUUCAGAUGGAUGAGGAAGUGAGAGCCCGUCCGGGUCUGUGA